GAAAUAAACAAUUGAAUUGUUUGGAUAUUCGACGAAAUAAAGAUUAAAAUUUGCAGAAAUAAGAUUUUCAAAGGGGGAAAAUACGUAAUUACGUUUUGCGCGUGCGUGAUUAAAAUAAGAGAGUUCGAGGGGGCUAGCAGACGUUUAAUUAUUAAAUUUUAAUUAAAAAUUAUAUUUAUGUAUUCUAUAAAUGUUUAUUUUGCAUAAUCAAGUAAUGUGAGAAAACUGGAUAAGUGAAGUUAGAAUUACAAAAAUGGGUAAUACAUUGAAUGCAGCAUCAUUAGAUGCGGCAGAUUUGAUAUUUCCAGUUAAUGAACAAAUUUCAGCAAAUAAAAAAAUACAUUCAUUUAAUUUAAAUGUUCAUGAGAGAAGAAAUUAUAAUGAUAAUAUUCCACCUGAAUGUCCAAUGCAUAAGGAACAAAAAAAUUAUGUCAGCGAAUGUCCUAUGAAUCAAGGCAAAGAUUCUGAUAUAAAUCCUCUCAACAUGAUGCCUGCAGCAAAUCAACAACCAGCAGCAGAUCAACCAUUUCCAUUACCAAUUGAAAGACAAGUUUCAACUAUACCAAAAGUUUCGAAUGAUAAUGAAUUUUGGGUUUAUCCUUCACAGCAAAUGUUUUGGAAUGCAAUGUUGAGAAAAGGUUGGCGCUGGAAAAGUGAUGAUUUAUCGCCAAAAGAUAUGGAUGAUAUUAUUAAAAUUCACAAUGCUAAUAAUGAACAAGCGUGGUUGGAAGUUUUAAAAUGGGAAGCUUUACAUGCUCACGAAUGUAUGACUCCAAAAUUAAAAAGUUUUGGUGGAAAAGCUAAGGAUUAUUCACCAAGAGCAAGAAUUCGACAUUGGAUGGGAUACGAAUUACCAUUUGAUCGUCAUGACUGGAUCAUUGAUAGAUGUGGAAAAGAAGUACGAUAUGUUAUUGAUUAUUAUGACGGUGGAUCAAUUGAUGAAAAAUAUACAUUUGCAAUUUUGGAUGUACGACCGGCAAUGGACUCGUUUGAAAAUAUUUGGGAUCGUAUGAAAGUUACUUGGUGGCGAUGGCGUUACAGUAACGAAACUGAACAAACAGAAACAAAAUCAUUUCACUGAAACGGUUAAAUAUGUAUAAUAAAUAAUAGUAUUUUCGUUGAAUUAA